UUUAUCUGUGGUCACUUAAAAAUCUGAAAAAUUUUGUGUUGUGAACUUGCAAAUUUCAGAAUUGCAAUAUUUUAAUUGUUAUAAACUAAAUAAUAAAUUAAAAUAAAACGUGUUAUUUGUAGCAAUGGUCCUUACUAAGGAAUUCAGAAUAUGUAUGCCCAUGACGGUGGAGGAAUACCGUAUAGGACAGCUAUACAUGAUUGCUCGGCACAGCUUCGAGCAGUCAAGCAACGGAGAGGGAGUUGAAGUUGUGUCUAAUGAGGAAGUGGAAGAUGAGGUUAAUGGGACUGGACGCUUUACUGAGAAGAGGAUCCACUUAUCCAGUCAUCUGCCAUACUUUUUACAGUCAAUGAUACCCAAAAUAUUUUACAUAACAGAAAAAGCGUGGAACUACUACCCUUACACCAUUACAGAGUACACAUGUUCCUUUAUUCCAAAAUUCUCUAUAUCAAUCCAAACAAGAUAUGAAGAUAACAAUGGCACAACAGAAAAUUGCUUGGGGCUUACCCCAGAAGAGUUGGAGCGUAGGCAGGUGGACUUCAUUGACAUUGCCUACGAUGAUGUGAAGCCUCACCAUUACAAAGAGUCUGAAGACCCCAAGUUUUUCAAGUCAAAGACGACCAACCGCGGCCCGUUGGUGGAGGGGUGGAGGGACUCCCAUGUCCCCAUCAUGACCUGCUAUAAAGCUGUGCAUGUAAAGUUUGAAGUCUGGGGCCUGCAGACCAAAGUUGAAGAAUAUACUCAAGGGGCUAUUCGGGAUAUCUUACUGCUUGGACACCGUCAGGCAUUUGCGUGGAUGGACGACUGGUACCACAUGACUUUGGAUGAUGUAAGAGCAUAUGAAAAGGAUAUGCAAGUGAAGACAAAUAUUAAGUUGCAAAGUGCUGCGGAGGGCUCUACUGCUGAAGCUAAAGAGGAGGAGAAGUCCUCUGAGUCUCCUAAGGGGUCUCCUAAAUCACCAAAGUCAUCCAAAUCCAAGACUCCUUCACCCAGGACACCCAGGUCUCCGGUGUCGCCAGCCCCGUCUGAAGGUAGAUCCUGGUUCACAUGGUCUUAAGACUAAUCUUCAAAUGGAUUUAACCAUGUGUCUGAUCUCACCCUAAUGUUCACUCCAUUUUAGUUUGACUUGAUGUGUUCAUAAUGCUGCCUUGAUUAUCAUGUCAUAUCAUCGUCACAGUAGUUCCCAUAGCAAUAGAUACACGCGCGUCCGCCUCUGUUGUAGACCAGAGACCUGCAGUGUUGGUCA